CGGCGCUCCUCUGGGCUCAGACGCGCCGGCCGCGGCCAGACCGGGGCUGUGGCGUCGCCCGCCCGCCCCGCCCGCAGAGCUGGUCGCCGCGCGUCGCCCGCACGCGCCACCGCCAUGGGCUCCUGAGGCUCGUCCGUUGCUUACUCUGAGGGGUCCUCUCAGAGAGCCUCCUGCUGCUGGCCAUCAUGACCGUGAGGGGGGCUGUGCUGGCCCCAGAUCCAGCAUCGCCCACCACUGCAGCAGCUUCACCCAGCGUCUCUGUGACCCCGGAGGGCAGCCCCAUGGCCAUGGAGCAGCCUGUGUUCCUGAUGACCACAGCGGCUCAGGCCAUCUCCGGCUUCUUCGUGUGGACAGCCCUGCUCAUUACCUGCCACCAGAUCUACAUGCACCUGCGCUGCUACAGCUGCCCCAACGAGCAGCGCUACAUCGUGCGCAUCCUCUUCAUCGUGCCUAUCUACGCCUUCGACUCCUGGCUCAGCCUCCUGUUCUUUACCAAUGACCAGUACUAUGUGUACUUCGGCACCGUCCGUGACUGCUACGAGGCCUUGGUCAUCUACAAUUUCCUGAGCCUGUGCUAUGAAUACCUUGGAGGAGAGAGUGCCAUCAUGUCGGAGAUCAGAGGAAAGCCAAUCGAGUCCAGCUGCAUGUAUGGGACAUGCUGCCUCUGGGGAAAGACCUACUCCAUUGGAUUUCUGCGGUUCUGCAAGCAGGCCACCUUGCAGUUCUGCGUGGUGAAGCCUCUCAUGGCUGUCAGCACCGUGGUCCUCCAGGCCUUCGGCAAGUACCGGGAUGGGGACUUCGAUGUCACCAGCGGCUACCUCUACGUGACCAUCAUUUACAACAUCUCUGUCAGCCUGGCUCUCUACGCCCUCUUCCUCUUUUACUUCGCUACCCGGGAGCUGCUCAGUCCCUACAGCCCUGUCCUCAAGUUCUUCAUGGUCAAGUCGGUCAUCUUCCUCUCCUUCUGGCAAGGCAUGCUGCUGGCCAUCCUGGAGAAGUGCGGGGCCAUCCCCAAGAUCCACUCAGCCCGCGUCUCAGUGGGCGAGGGCACUGUGGCUGCUGGCUACCAGGACUUUAUCAUCUGCGUGGAGAUGUUCUUCGCGGCGCUGGCCCUGCGACAUGCCUUCACCUACAAAGUCUACGCGGACAAGAGGCUGGAUGCCCAAGUGCCAACGUAUGGCCCUUACGGCCGCUGUGCCCCCAUGAAGAGCAUCUCCAGCAGCCUCAAGGAGACCAUGAACCCACAUGACAUCGUGCAGGAUGCCAUCCACAACUUCUCGCCCGCCUACCAGCAGUACACACAGCAGUCUACCCUGGAGCCCGGGCCCACCUGGCGGGGUGGUGCCCACAGCCUGUCCCGCUCCCACAGCCUCAGUGGCACCCGUGACACCGAGAAGACUCUCCUGCUCAGCUCCGAUGACGAGUUCUAGGUGUGGGUGUCUUGGCCCAGGGCCCCGUGCCCUGCUCUAGCCUCCCAGCCACGCCAGGAGGCAGCUGGCAAUUUUGCCAGUGCCCUUUAUUUAUUGGACCAGAAACACAUAUCGCUUCCAGAGGAACAACCCAACCCUGUGUGCCAGGGACCGCCUGGGCUCUCCCACGAGCCUUCAGGAAUAUUUAUACGUGGUCAGCCCUGCACUGCCCGACCAGGACAGAGGACUGUGGGAGCCGCUCUCAUGCCCCUGCUGCCUGGCCUGUGGUAGAGGCACAGCACCCGGGGACCAGCCCUGCAGGGACCAGCCAUGUGCAGGCCCAGUGUGGGGACCAGCCUUCUCUGCAGCCUUCCAGGCCCUUCCCAUCAGGCCCCACCCACCCGUACUGUGCAAUACCCUGACCUGGGCUCCCCCUGCCCACUCCCUCACCCUGUGCUAGAGCCUAGAUCCACUCAUCUCAGUCCUGCAGGAGGAGGGAUCGUGGAUGCCCAGCACAUCUCCCUCCCUGACCCAGGCCCACCCAGCACAUCACAAGGAUCAGAGCCAGACGCCAGGAGCCUUGGGCCCCUUGGAAGGAGCUCCUGGGCCUCUGGCUCCUCCCUGUUGAAGCAGGCGCUCUUGGCACUGGCCGUGCUCUGCCUGCCUGCUGCCCCUUCUUCCCGGCCUGCUGAGGAAGCUGCGCUGCCCUACUCAGGUCCCACUCUUGAUGGAGUUGGAGGCAGAGCACCAUUGCUUCCUGGCUGCCCCAGAGAUCAGGGACUCCCAGUGUCUCUCUGUCCCCUUCAGGGGUUAGGUCUGAACAUCCACAUUUCAGGCCAGCAUUUAGGAAGGACAGGAGGGAUGGCCAUGCAGCAGGGCCUUGAGAAAGGAAGAGUGGCCCCAGGCUCCUCUCCUGGCCCCCUGUCCACACAGGGCCUGCUGUUUGGCCUUGUCUGGCCCCCUGCCCAUCUCUUCUGUGCCUUAGUCACACAUGAAAGUCCCCCCACCCCACCCAGCCCGCCAUUAGUACGGAUGCCCCCAGAGGGCUCCUUGGUAAGCUGCUGGCACUCAGGAUCCUUCAAUGUUGGGCCAGGGCUGGUGGCCAGGGCUGGGUCCUCCUCGCCUGCCUCAUGCCCCUAUUCCCAGAGCCUGGCCCAGAUAGGCCUGGCUUCUGCUGGCCACGGUUAGGAGUGAGGGAGAUCCUGCGAUCUUGCAGGCCACAGCCCUGCACUGGAAACCCUGAAAGCACCUGGGUUUGCGCUGUAGAUGUUGGUGGAGGAAGAAGGGUCCUUCCCUUGUGGUGGGCGCACACUGGAAGCUCGCUCUUCUGGUCACUCGAGUGAACAGGCUCCCUCCCUGGGAUCUGUGAGGCACUCUGGUGGGGUUCCUGCCUGCCAGCAGCCUUCCUGGCCUCGUCCUCUUCGGCCCGGAGACAGUGUGUGGGGUGCUGGUGGCCAGCUUUGCCCUGUCUGGGUGGGCCUGGCCAGCUGGUCCCAGGCCACCCUGGAAGGCAGCUGGCAGGUGCAGGCUGUUCCAGGAGCAGCUCUGCCUCCCUCCCAUGUUGGCUUUUACAAAUCGCUUUCUCUGACGCAUCUUCCUUCUCCUUCCAGGCCAAAGUGUGUUGCUGAUUCCUGCCCCUCCUGGCCUUUGCCCCUCCUGGCUUGUGCUCCCGAGCGUGGUGGGCGGGGCUGGGGAGCUGGUGGCAGGGAAUGAGUGGGCCAAGGGGCCUCAGGGAUGAACCUAGGCCCGGCUGCUCCAUCCCCACCUUUCUAGGAUGCAUAACCUAACAUUGUUGGGUUCUUUGUUUUUUGUUUUUGUUUUUUAAUUUUUUCCAGAUAGAGUAGUUCUUUGUACAUAAAAAAAUACUUGAAAAAUUAAUUGUAUGAUGUAUGAGAAGACAGAGUCCCUUAGUUUUGUAUCUCAUCGUAUGACUGCCAUGAGUUCCACCAGAAAGCCACUCUAUUUUGGUCUCUGUGACAUUUUAAAUGCGUGACAGAAGUAAGCAAAUAAAAUGAGGAAGAAAUAUAUAUAUGAGAUAAUAUAGAUUGUACUGAA